CACCCACCGCUCCAGCCAUCUUUGUGAUGGCGGAAACCCGAUCCGCCCGCCGCCGCCACCUCAGCGCCCAGGGCGGCGUUGGCGGUGGAUCGGACCGCAUCGGCGGGCUCCAUGACGACCUGCUCAUCGAGAUCCUCCGCCGACUCCGCUGCGCCGCCGCCGUCGCCCGCACCAGCGCCCUCUGCCGCCGGUGGCGGGGGAGCGGCCUGUGGAGGCACCUCCCCGAGCUCUCCUUCCGCGGCGUCGCGCCCGGCGCAAUCGAAGCCGCCCUCGCCCAGGUAGCCCUCCCUAAUCUGUCCCUCCUCGACAUCGAGAUCACCGACAGGCUCACCGCCGAGGCCGUCGCCUCGCUGCUUCGCGCCGCCGCGCGUCUGGACCCGGCGGACCUGAGCAUCGUGGUAGCCUGGGUGGUCCAAGCUGAUGAAAUGGCCCCCAUCGAGGUGCCUUCCUUUCCCCGCGCAACGUCGAUCACGCUGCGCCUUCACAAGCUCCACCUAGCACUGCCGGCGGAGUUCCCGGCGCUGGAGAGGCUCUCCAUCACAAGCGGCCACUUCGAUACCGGUGCUCUGAUCUCACGAUGCCCACACCUCCGCGUGCUAGAGUUGAUUCACUGUUGGGGAAUCGAGACCAUCACGGUCCACUCGGCGACCAUAGAGGAGCUCCUUGUGAUAAGCGCUCAGCUCCGAGGUGUUGACAUCGUGGCACCCAUGCUGAAGAAAUUCACCUUGCACAGUGAUGUGUCUGUGGAUUUCGGCAUGUCAUUGUUGGCACCCGAGGUGGAGAAUCUCUCGUGGAAGUGCUGGUCCCAUGGCCAGUUUCUCCUUCCGGGUGAAGCAUUAGCAGUAGGGAUCGACGGGAUUUGGCGCCUGGUUCGUAUGGAGUUGGGAACAGGGCGAAGCGGCUUCAUCCUCGGCUUGGACAUAGGAAGAUCGUAUUGUGUAUUACAAGAGCGGAACUUGCAAGAAAUGUUCCCGUUUCCUAAAAUUUCUAUUUUGGAGCUAUAUCUUGAUACACGCGGUCAUGUGUAUGGAGGAGUGGUGUUGAAUCUACUCAUGAUUUGGAAUGGUAUACAAAGGCUUAAGCUGGUCAUUGAUCGUGAUAUGUUGAAGGACGAAAUGUGCUCGCCAGACUGUCCUUGUGAUCAACCACAAAACUGGAGAAGUCAGAAUAUCUCCUUGAAGGGUCUUGAAGUAGUAGAAAUAAAAAACUUCAAAGGAUGUGGCCAUGAAGUUGAUUUCUUGAAGCUUCUAUUCAGAUGUGCACCCCUGACGAAAGUGACUGUGAAACUGGCCCCCAAUGUUAUACCAGAUAGCAGAGGAUGCAAGGUCAAGGAUGUCAUCAAAGUUUUCUGGGCGAAUCCAUCCACAGACUGCCAUGUUUACAAUAAACGUGGCAUUGAGGUCUGCGGAUUUCACUCAAAGAAAAAGGUUAUCUACAGAAGUGCUUCUACUAGAUGCAGCCGGAUAUAAUAUUCUCAAUCUUUUGCCUUACCAUCAGGAUUAGUGAGUUCUUUCUCUGCCGUUGUUAACCUUGGCGUAAUGUUUAGGAUUUGUGGUAACUUCGGGUAUGAAUUGCCACAUUGUUGGUCUAGCUAAAAUGCCUAAUGAAUUCAGGUUCAUAUUUGUAUCCUAGUUAUGCAACUUUUGCCUGAAUAUGCUAGGUUAGCUCCAUCUAAACCUGCAUGUUCUUCGGUUGAAUAUUAUCUAGAUGCUUACUGGUUUCAACCAAAAAAAAAAAGAAAAAAGAAUGUUGCAGAUA